GGUGGCGCAGCUCGAAGAAGCCGUGGACAUGUGGCAGACGCACAUCGACAACACUAUCGCAGCAUGCCUGGGAAAAACUCGCGAGGGCAAAGGCCCAGUGGCGGAGUACAAGUACUGGCGCGAGCGGGACGCGGAGCUCUCUCUGUUGGUGGAGCAGCUCAAGCAGCCCACAGUCGUCAAGAUACUAUCACUUAUCGAGCAAGUCAAGUCUCCCUACUUUGAGAGUUUUUCUAACUAUAAAGAACGACUUUUAGAACAAUAUAACCUAGCCGGAGACAAUUUAAAAUUCCUCUCAACUUUGCUGCGCUUCUUUAAUAUAAUAGAGGACGAUUCUCCGCUGAAGCAAGUUAUCGAGGUGAUGCCGGAGCUGAUGGAAAGCAUCUUUAUGGUGUGGGUGCUGUCGAAGGGCUACCGCACCGACGAGACCAUGGUGCCUCUCAUGUUGAGGAUCUCUUGGGGACUCAGUAACAAGCUCGAGAGAUUCCUCGACGUACAUAAGUUAUUUGAUAAAAGCAAUGAGGAAAUAUUAUCAUUGGCGCGCACCGGUCAGAGGAUAAUGGAGACGUGGCACGAUCUGUACAAGGAGACGCGACGUAACAUCGAGCUGAGCGGCAAAGGUGCGCGCUGGGAGUUCGAGCAGCCGCUGCUCUUCAACACCACCGACUACAUCGGCACCGUCGCCCGCGACCUCGGCGACAUCGUACAGGUCCUGAUAGACUUUGAGCGAAUAUUCGGUUCGGAGCUCAAGUCAAUAAUCAGCGACCCGACACAGAUUGAUGACGUGCGCAAGCGCGUCAAGCGGCUGGUAUAUCCAAUACGUACGAUUGACUUCAGCGUGUUCGUGUUUGACAACAAGGAGAACUGGGACGUCAUCAUGUCUGACUUCUGGAAGGAAGUUCGCUAUCUUGAAGACGAGGCCAAGAACUAUAUCAAUCAGAGCUUUGGCAAUUUAAGAUUUUCAGACGAAGCUCUAGACGUACUUCUAAAGUUCUUAGAGUUCGACACAAGAGAGGCGAUCCGUCAAGAACUGUCGACAAAGUUCGACCUCAUCAUGCGCCAGUUCAUCAAAGAGAUCACCUCAGUUGAGGAUAAAUUUACGCGUUAUCGUAAAAACCCUCCACUGCUGCGCGACCACCCGCCAGUAGCUGGCGCCAUAUACUGGGCACGCGCCUUGUUCAUCAAAAUGAAACGGCCCGUUAUGAAGUUCCAAAAGGUACCAGAACUGAACGAUUGCGAGCAGAAGAAGGAAGCCUUCAAUCAAUACAAGGCGUUCUCGAAGCUGAUCAAGGAGUAUGAGGAUGCCAAGUUCAAGGAGUGGGUGGACGCAUCCUCAUUGUUCGUUGAUAACGUCAUGAAGAAAAAUAUAUUGCAAGUUAAAUUUAAAUCGGGAAUCGAUAUAGCUCAACCAAAGAAAGGUGCCGACAUCCGCGGCAAGAAGAAACCCUCGCGCACCUCGCUGGCCGCUGUCGAUGUGGUUAAUAAGGAGAUUGCCGAAAAACGACGUAGAGACAAAGCUCUGAUGUUAAUGCGGAUCCCGGGCCAGCACUACGAGAAUGUGCGUUCACCGAGCUCUAUGUCGCUGUUGGCCAAAGAGGGACUGACGGAUGUAACAUGGCGGGAUCUCACCGUACAUAAACUAAUGCAAGAAUACGAUUUGGAGUUCCAUACAAAUUUCGAUAAAAAGAUAUUCAUGAUUCUCAAAGAGGCUGAACUUAUGGAGCAAUUAGGGUUCAACCUCCCAUCUAAUAUUCGUGAUGUGGCGAUGCAAAAGAGCCGGCUAUACUAUGAAUUGGAAUCACUAGAGAUAGUGAUAAGUCGGUACAAUGUGAACACGAGCUCGCUCAGCCCCUCGGAGACGUACCUCAUGAAGCGGCACCUGCUCGACAUGGAGCGACACAUCCUGCCCGGACUCACCAGGAUCACCUGGAACGCCCUUGGGAUUAAGGACUACAUCACUGAUAUCACCAAAGGACAAAAUUCCUUGCAAGCAGUGUACCAACAAUUGAAAAUGGUGGAAAAAGAGAUCCUAGUAUUGAUAGAUCAAUUAGAACUCUUCGAUCUAUUCCCACUGUUGAAGCCUGAGAACUACGUGAAUCCAGACACCGGGGAACCAGAUUCAUCAUGGCUUUAUCCCUGCAAGACAUUUUUCGUGGAAGUUGCAAAUGAGCGCAACAACCGCGUAACGAUGCUGUCCCGACUGUACGAGCGCAUCGGCCCCAUACUGAUGAAGCUGGAAUACCUCAUCCUGGGCACCAGCGCCGGCCGCUCUGAAGUCAUGGCCUCAUACUACAUGCACUGGGAACAGAAGAUAUUUAAAUCGCUCAUUAAACUAACUCUGGAGAACAUGGAGCAAUUCCAGCAAUGUCUGAGUGAGCGCAAGGCUCUGUUCCAAGUGGACGCGGUGCUGGUGCCCCCGGACAUCACCAUGCGGCCCACCGCCGCCGAAGUCUGCAAUAUACUAGGAUAUGAUAUCAAACACUUUCUCAACAGACUAACGGCGUUCCCACGCUGGAUGCGCAACACGUGCCUGCCGUGCCCGCCGCAACGCAUCGCGGAGGCGACGGGCAACGAGUACUAUGUGUUCUCGUUCUUCGAGGACGUGCUUCGUGUCGCCUCCAUCAACGACAUCACGCUGCUGCUGCAGGACACCAUGUACCGCCUCACCCAGGACAUACACGCUUAUAUACAGAAAUGGUAUAAAUAUCAACACCUGUGGGCGUUCGACAAACAUUUAUCCUGUGAGAAAUACACACAGAAGACCGACCAGAUACACAAGUACGAUGAGAAGUUCUUCUUCUUCGAGGAUAUAAUCGCGGAUCUGGACGAGCACGUCAAGUUCGUGGACGUGGGCGCGAUCCGCGUCAACCUGCGCCCCAUCAUCAAACAGAUACAGAACCACGCGCAGGACUGGAAGAAUAUACUAGGACAGUGUCUGGCCUCUAAGACAAGAAUGAGCAUGUACGAUCUCAAGAAUCAAAUUGAGUCUCUCCGUAUGACAAUGAAUAUGAACAUAAAAGGCUUAGAGGACUUCAAACUGGUGAUGGCGACCAUAACGCACGUCCAGGCGAUGACCAUCACCGCGGAGGUGAAGUACAGAGGCAUGCAAGAGAUAUUCCACAUGCUGAGGCAGCACGGCAUCGAGGUGGCAGAUGAUGAUCUCCUUUUUGCAAAAAAUCUGGAAUCUUCUUGGGGUUCAUUGUACCAAUCGUCUUUGUUCCGCGGCAAUACUCUCGAGCAGACCAAGGAGAAGUUUUCAAAGUUGAACGUAGGAGAGAUAUCGAAGUUCCUCAAAGAGCUCGAUGACUUUGUUGAAAAGUUUGACAGCGAAGGACCCGGGACUAUAGGUGAAGACAUGGACAGAGGUCUUGUAUUGAUGGAGGAAUACACGAAGUAUUUCGACGAGCUAGAAUCUCGCAAGAGAAAUCUUCAAGCUGCAGAACAGCUCUUUGACAAUCCUCUGGCUGAUUUCUCGAACUUCAAUCGCGCUAAAUCUGACUUCCAUGCUAUGGAGCUGAUUUACAAGAUAUACAAAGCACAGAAGUACGCGCGAGAGAUCUGGGCCAAGACUCUUUGGGUCAAUCUAAACCCACAAGCACUUGUCGAUGGUAUAGAGCAAUUCUUUAAAGAAUAUCGCAAACUACCAAAAGCUGCUCGGUCUACUCCCGUGGGUCUGAUGCUAGACCUUAAAAUGAAGCAAUUUAAGGGUGUAGUUCCACUGAUGGUGUCGCUUAAGAAUGAAGCGAUGCGCGAACGUCACUGGAAAGAACUGAUGCACAAAACAGGUCAGGACUUCGAUAUGUCGCCGGAGCGUUUCACUCUAGAGAACAUGUUCGCUAUGGAACUGCACAAAUACCAAGAUGUGGCCGAGGAGAUCGUCAACCAUGCUAUAAAGGAGCUGGCUAUCGAGCGCGGUGUGAAGGAGGUGCAGGACACGUGGGCCAACAUAAUGUUCUCUGUGUCGCGGCACUCGGCGCGCGGAGAGGACCGCGGCUACACCCUCAACCCCUGCGACGAGAUCGUCGUCAAGCUGGACGACGACGCCAUGACGCUGCAGGGCAUGGCCGCCUCGCAAUUUAUAGGUCCGUUCUUAACAGUGGUACAGACGUGGGAGCGGCGACUAUCUCUGAUAUCAGAGAUAAUAGAGGAGUGGUUGGCGACACAACGAAAGUGGCUCUACCUGGAGGGCAUCUUCGUGGGCGGUGACAUCCGCACGCAGCUUCCCGAGGAGGCCAAGAAGUUUGAUGACAUCGAUAGAGCUUUUAGAAAGAUUAUGUUGGACACCGCAAAGCGCUUAAACGUCGUUGACUGCUGCAUGAUAAGUGGCAGAUUAGAAGAGUUUGUCAACUUGGGGCUCGGCCUGCAGAAAUGUCAGAAAUCAUUAAACGAUUAUUUAGAUUCCAAAAGACGCAUAUUUCCAAGAUUCUUUUUCAUCUCGACUGAUGAACUGCUUUCGAUCCUCGGCAGCAGUGAAUGUAGCUGUGUUCAAGAGCAUAUGAUCAAGAUGUUUGACAACAUUCGAGCUUUGGACUUGUACGUGGACCACACCAAUCGACCCGUUGCCGCCAAAAUGAUAUCAGCCGAAGGGGAGAUAAUGGACUUCCGCAACAUCGUGUAUACGGAAGGCCGAGUGGAGGACUGGAUGAACCUGGUUCUCAACGAGAUGCGCAGGACCAACAAAUUUAUCACCAAAAAGGCCAUAUUUUACUACGGGAAAAAUUGGAACGUACCCAGAACGGAAUGGAUAAUGGAGUACCAGGGCAUGGUGUGCCUGGCGGCCAACGGCGUGUGGUGGACGGCGGAGACGGAGGAGACGUUCUAUCGCAUACGUAAAGGCAACAAGCGCGCCAUGAAAGAGCACCUCGCCCAGCAGAACCAGCAACUCGACGGACUGGUCGUUAAAGUCAGACAAGAUUUGUCGUCGAACGACCGUCUGAAGUUCCGCACGAUCACGACAAUCGACGUGCACGCGCGGGACAUCAUCGAGGGCUUCGUGCGGGACAACGUGACAGAGGCGGCCGCCUUCCAGUGGGAGAGCCAGCUCAGGUUCUACUGGCUCAAGCGAGACGACAACCUCUGGAUACGACAGUGCACCGGUUUGUUCGAGUACGGAUACGAAUACAUGGGUUUGAACGGUCGUUUGGUUAUAACGCCUCUAACUGAUCGCAUAUACCUCACCAUCACACAAGCUCUCACCAUGCAGCUGGGCGGCGCACCCGCAGGGCCCGCGGGCACCGGUAAGACGGAAACGACAAAAGACCUGGCGAAGGCGCUGGGCCUGCUGUGCGUGGUGACCAACUGCGGCGAGGGCAUGGACUUCCGCGCUGUGGGCCAGAUCCUGGCCGGCCUCUGCCAGUGCGGCGCCUGGGGCUGCUUCGACGAGUUUAACAGGAUAGACAUAUCCGUGCUCUCCGUUAUAUCCACACAGCUGCAGUGUAUACGUAGUGCUUUACUUAUGAAGCUGAAGAGAUUUACGUUCGAGGGUCAAGAGAUAGCGAUGGAUAGCAAGGUGGGCAUCUUCAUAACUAUGAACCCAGGGUACGCGGGCCGCACCGAGCUGCCGGAGUCGGUGAAGGCGCUGUUCCGACCCGUCGUCUGCAUCCUACCCGACCUCGAGAUGAUCUGCCAGAUAUCGCUCUUCUCUGACGGAUUUCUUACGGCAAAGGUGCUGGCCAAAAAGAUGACAGUGCUGUACAAGGUGGCACGCGAGCAGCUGUCUAAGCAGUCGCACUACGACUGGGGUCUGCGCGCGCUGACCGCAGUACUGCGCAUGGCCGGCAAACUGCGCCGCGACUCGCCCGGACUCAGCGAGAUCAUGGUGCUCAUGAGAGCGCUCAGGGAUAUGAACCAUCCGAAGUUCGUGUUCGAGGACGUGCCGCUAUUCCUGGGUCUGAUCAAGGACCUGUUCCCGGGGCUGGAGUGUCCGCGCGUCGGUUACCCGGACUUCAACGCCGCCGUCACUGUGGUGCUCGAGCGCGGCGGAUACAUUGUCAUGCCGCAUCAGGUGGACAAAGUGGUGCAACUGUACGAGACGAUGAUGACGCGGCACUGCUCGAUGCUGGUGGGGCCGACAGGCGGUGGCAAGACCGUCAUACUUGACACCCUCGUCAAGGCGCAGACAGAUCUCGGCACGCCCACUAAGCUUACUGUACUCAAUCCCAAGGCUUGUUCAGUGAUCGAGCUGUACGGUAUACUUGAUCCAGUGACCAGAGACUGGACUGAUGGUCUGUAUUCGAAAAUAUUUCGCGAAAUGAACAGGCCGGCAGAAAAAGAUGAGCGUCGGUACUCGUUGUUCGACGGCGACGUGGACGCGCUGUGGAUAGAGAACAUGAACUCUGUGAUGGACGACAACCGGCUGCUGACGCUGGCCAACGGCGAGCGCAUCCGCCUCGCGCCAUACUGCUCGCUGCUCUUCGAAGUCGGAGACCUCAACUACGCCUCGCCCGCCACCGUCUCCCGGGCCGGCAUGGUCUUCGUCGACCCCAAGAACUUGGGCUAUGUGCCCUACUGGGAGAGGUGGCUGCGCGGACGCAGCAAUGACGAGGAGCGCGAACAGCUGUCAGGUCUGUUCGAGCACUAUGUGCCGGGCGCCAUCAACUAUAUUGUGUUCGGUCUCUUCGGCCUGCAGCAGCAGACACCGCUCGCCACCAUCGUGCCUCAGACGCCGUUAAAUCUGGUGGUACAGCUGUGCUACAUGAUUAGCGGACUGCUUCCCAACACUGAGGUCAAUGAAGAGAUUGACAGAACGGUCGUCGAAUGCGUCUUCAUGGUGUCAAUGUACAACAGUUUGGGUGCGUGUAUAGUGGACAAUGGGAGGUUUGAUUUCGAUGGAUACGUCAAGAAAGCCUGUCCGAUGAUGUUAGUAGAAGACAAUCCUGAGAAAAAGGCUACAACAAAACAUUUCCCGAUGGGUUUCCCGUCGCUAUAUGAUUACUGCUUGGAAUUGUCGACGAAAACUUGGGAGGCGUGGGAGUGGCUGGUGCCCGCGUACGUGCACGACCGGGAGAUGAAGUUCCCCAAUAUCCUGGUGCCUACCGUGGACACAUUGAGGCUCACCUGGCUCAUUAAGAUCAUGGAGAGCGUGGAACGUCCAGUUCUAUUAGUGGGCGAAACUGGCACGUCCAAGACCGCUAUUAUCACUAACUAUCUGCACGGCCUUCCCGCAGAUAAAUACAUUAUUCAACAAAUGAAUUUCUCAUCGCGCACAUCUUCAAUGGACGUGCAACGGAACUUAGAAUCGGUAGUAGAGAAACGUACAAAGGACACCUUUGGCCCACCUGUGGGCAAAAAGAUGCUGGUUUUUAUAGACGACAUGAAUAUGCCUAUUGUGGACACAUACGGCACUCAGCAACCGAUAGCACUGCUGAAGCUCUUGUUUGAGAGGAAGGGAUUCUACGACCGGGGUAAGGACCUCAACUGGAAGAACCUCAAGGACAUCGGCUUCCUUGCUUCCAUGGGCAAGGCUGGCGGCGGAAGGAACGACGUAGAUCCGCGUUUCAUCUCGAUGUUCUCAGUGUACAACCUGCAGUUUCCGUCGGAGAGCACGCUGCAGCACAUUUACGUGUCCAUCCUCUCCGGACACUUCGAGAUCUUCGCAGACGAGAUCCGGGACAUCGUCGAUAAGAUCGUGCAGAUGACACUGGAUUUAUAUAAGAUUAUAAUAGUAGAGCUACCGCCGACGCCGGCCAAGUUCCACUACAUCUUCAACCUGCGCGACCUGUCCCGUAUCGCGGCCGGGCUGUGUCUCACGCGGCCGCCGAUGUUCGCCGAGCCGCGCGCCGUGCUGCGCUGCUGGCGCAACGAGUUCACCCGCGUCAUCUGCGACCGCCUCAUCAGCACCGAGGAGAACGAGUUGAUGCGGUCGCACGUUCAAGAGCACAUUGUGAAAUAUUUCCCCGAGGCGGAGCCAGUCGUGCUUGAGGAAAUUGUGGUGCCCGAGGAGGAGGAGAGACAUCCCGAGGAAGAGGAGGAAGAUGUUCUGUAUCGUUUACAAAAACGACCAUAUUGUUCAAUACCAGAAAUAUCUUUUCUUGUAGAAUUCAUGUCAGAAAAACCUGCUAAGUCCGAUGCGGUGCCUGAAGAGACCGAGGUUAUGGAAGAAGAGCAGGAGGAACAGGAGCAUAUGUUGACGCUGGAGGAGUACGUACUGCGCGACCCAAUGCUAUUCGGCGACUACCGCAACGCACUGGACGAGGAGGAGAUUCGCUACUACGAGGACCUGCUGGAUUACGAGGCCGUCUACUUCUUGUUCCAAGAGAUACUGGACGAGUACAGCGAGCGCGUGGGUAAGAUGUCGGUGGUGCUGUUCGAGGACUGCCUGGAGCACCUGACGCGCACCCACCGCGUGCUGCGCAUGGAGCGCGGGCACGUCAUGCUGGUCGGCGUCGGCGGCUCCGGCAAGAAGUCCAUCUGCCGCCUCGCCGCCUUCGCAGCAGGUUGCGAUGUUUUUGAGAUCGUAAUAACUCGCAGCUACAAUGAGAACACAUUCAAGGAUGAUAUGAAACGUCUCUACAACCAGCUCGGCGUGGACGGCAAGCCGACUGUCUUCCUCUUCACAGCGGCACAAAUAUUGGAGGAAGGUUUCCUGGAGUUCAUCAACAACAUUCUUAUGAUUGGUAUGAUCCCCGCGCUUUUCGGUGACGACGAGAAAGACGCCAUCAUCAACGCGCUGCGCAACGAGAGUAAUGACGCUGGCUACGGGGUCGGCAAAGACGCGGUGUGGAACUACUUCUGCAGCAAAUGCCUGCAGAACCUGCAUGUUGUGCUCUCGAUGUCACCAAGUGGAGAUGUGCUGCGCAACCGGUGCCGCAGUUUCCCCGGCCUCGUCAACAACACCACCAUAGACUGGCAGUUCCCCUGGCCCAAGCAGGCUCUGCUCGCCGUCGCUAAUGUCUUCCUAGCUGAUGUGCAAAAGAUCCCGGACGAGUUCCGCAGCAUCAUAGUGGAGCACGUGGUGCACGUGCACCUCUCUGUGGCGGUCUACUCCGCGGAGUUCCUCGCACGUUUGCGCAGGAACAACUACGUCACGCCCAAGCACUACAUGGACUUCCUCACCAGCUACAUCGCGCUGCUCGGAGAGAAGGACGCCUUCAUUGUCGCACAGUGCGAACGUUUGAAAGGCGGCCUGUUGAAGAUAGAGGAAGCCAAUAUUCAGUUAGAGGACCUGAACGCCAAGCUAGCCGUGCAGAAAGUCAUCGUCGCCGAGCAGACGCACGAGUGUGAGAUUCUGCUCAAGGAGAUAUCAACUGCGACGGAGGCGGCUGUGGGCAAGCAGCAGGUGGCAGCGGAGAAGAGCGCGGAGAUCUCGCAGCAGAGCGAGGUGAUCGCAGAGGAGAAGGCGGAGGCGGAGGAGGCGCUGUCGGCCGCACUGCCCGCGCUCGAGGCAGCGCGCCUCGCCCUCGCCGACCUCGACAAGAACGACAUCACUGAGAUCCGCUCCUUCGCCACCCCACCGGAGGCCGUGCAGGUGGUGUGUGAAUGUGUCGUGAUCAUCCGUGGCAUUAAGGACGUGAGCUGGAAGGGCGCCAAGGGCAUGAUGGCGGAUCCCAACUUCCUGCGCAACCUGCAGGAGAUGAACUGCGAUCUGAUCACGCAGGCUCAAGUCAAGGCCGUCAAGGCACACAUGAAAAAGAGCAAAAAGCUCGACACCAUGCAGCAGAUCAGUAAAGCUGGGUAUGGUCUUUUGAAGUUUGUUAUAGCCGUACUGGGUUACUGCGCAGUCUAUAAGGAAGUAAAACCCAAAAAGGACAAAGUGGAAGCCCUCGAAAAGGAGUACACGGAAGCCGUGAAUUAUUUAGCCUCCUUGAACAGAGAGAUCGACCGACUGCAAAGAACUUUGGACGGUCUUAACCAGAGAUAUGAUACGGCGAUGUUGAGAAGACAAGAGUUGCAAGAGGAGACCGACAUAAUGAUGAGACGGCUGGUGGCUGCCGAUAAGCUGAUGUCAGGUCUAUCCAGUGAACAGAAGCGAUGGACGGAGGACUUGAAGGCUCUGCACGUGGAGCAGUCUAGAUUGAUCGGUAACUGCUUGCUAGCGGCGUCGUUCCUGAGCUACGCCGGGCCGUUCUCCUUCUCCUUUAGGCAAACAAUGAUAUACGAGGACUGGCUCGGGGAUGUCAAGGAGCGAGGCAUACCUCUCACGGAGCCUUUCACGAUUGAAAAGAAUUUAACCAAUGAAGUGGAGAUUAGCGGCUGGAAUUCGGAAGGAUUGCCUCCGGACGAGCUGUCAGUGCAGAACGGUAUUCUGACAACGCGAGCGUCGCGCUUCCCGCUCUGUAUCGACCCGCAGACACAAGCACUCACCUGGAUCAAAAGAAAAGAAGCUAAGAACAACCUUAAGGUUCUCUCAUUUAACGACCCACAAUUCGUGAGGCACUUGGAGAUGGCAAUUAAAUACGGAAUACCAGUUUUGUUCCAAGAUGUUAAUGAAUACAUAGAUCCAGUAGUCGAUAAUGUUCUUGAGAAAAAUAUUAAAGUGGAGGGCGGGCGUACAUUCGUGUUGCUGGGCAGCUCGGAGGUGGAUUACGACCCCAAUUUCCGACUGUACCUGACCACGAAGCUCGCCAACCCACAGUUCAAUCCUGCCGCAUACGCUAAGGCAGUCGUCAUCAACUACACCGUCACUGUGCAGGGCUUAGAAGACCAGCUCCUCAGUGUGGUAGUACGCGCAGAAAGAUCGGAUUUAGAGGAACAGCGAGAAAGUCUCAUCAUGGAGACGAGUGCCAACAAGAGUCUUCUGUCAGGUCUGGAGGACUCUCUGCUGAGAGAGCUGGCAACGUCGACUGGCAACAUGCUGGAUAAUGUAGAACUAGUCGAUACCCUCGAAAAUACUAAGGCCAAAGCUGCAGAGGUAAUGGAGAAAUUGGAACUGGCAGAAGUAACAACAAAAGACAUUGAGAAACUUCGAGACGGAUACAGACCUGUGGCGAAGCGAGGCUCCAUUCUCUUCUUUGUGUUAUCAGACAUGGCAGUCGUCAAUUCUAUGUACCAGUAUUCACUUUCUUCAUACCUUGAAGUGUUUUCGUUUUCGCUUAGAAAAGCCAUGCCCAAUGUGAUUCUCGCGAAACGUUUGAAGAAUAUCAUCGACAUGCUCACCAAAAACGUGUACGACUACGGCUGCACCGGUAUAUUUGAGCGUCAUAAGCUGCUGUAUUCUUUCCAAAUGAACAUAAAAUUGGAGCAGAAUGAGGGCAACGUAAGUCAGGCUCAACUCGACUUCUUCAUCAAGGGCAACGUCGCGUUGGAAAAGGCCGCCACUGUUUGCCCAGCCUCCUGGAUACCGUCACAGGGAUGGCAAGACAUAAUGAAACUGAGCACAGACUUCUCAGAAGUGUUUGCAAUGCUGCCGGACCAAAUUCGCACCAAGCUUGAAGAUUGGCGAGAGUGGUUCGACAGCGACACGCCGGAGACGAACGAGAUCCCGAAUGGUUACCGGGAGCGAUUGAAGCCGUUUGAACUGCUGAUGCUGCUGCGCUGCUUCCGCGUCGACCGCAUCUACCUCGCCCUCACCGACUACAUCACCGCCACGCUCGGCGAGGAGUACAUCACGCCGCCUGUCAUCAGCCUCGACAUGAUAUUCGAGCAGACGACGCCGUUCACGCCGGUGGUAUUCAUUCUGAGCCCCGGCUCGGACCCCACGGCCGACCUCAUGAAGCUGGCCGACCGCUGCGGCUUCGGCGGCGGCAAGUUUAAGUACCUCUCUCUAGGACAGGGGCAGGAGGGCGCAGCACUAGCGCUUCUUGAAGGCGCGAUAUCGCACGGACAAUGGCUGAUCCUACAGAACUGCCACCUGCUGGUGUCGUUCCUGCGCGAGCUGGAGAAGCAACUGGAGCUGCUGACCAAGCCUCACCCGGAGUACCGGCUCUGGCUCACCACAGACCCCACGCCAACCUUCCCCAUUGGCAUACUGCAGAGGUCGCUUAAAGUGGUGACAGAGCCCCCUAACGGCUUGAAGUUGAACCUUCGCAACACGUACUUCAAGAUGCGACCUCACGCGCUGGAGGAGUGCGCGCAUCCACAGUUCAAGAAGCUCGUCUACGUGCUGGCGUUCUUCCACGCUGUCGUACAAGAGCGCCGCAAAUACGACAAGAUCGGGUGGAACAUAUCAUACGACUUCAGCGAGUCGGACUUCGUGGUGUGCAUGCAGAUCCUGCAGUGCUACCUCGACCGCACCACCGGCGUCGUGCCCUGGGCCACGCUCAAGUACCUCUUUGGAGAGGUGAUGUACGGCGGACGAGUGAUAGACGACUUUGACCGGCGUGUGGUGGGCACUUACAUGGACGAGUACUUGGGCGAGUUUCUCUUCGACAAGUUCCAGCCCUUCCACUUCUACCACGACGACGUCUUCGACUACUACAUACCGCCCGACGGCGAGCGAGAGGAAUAUAUCGAGUUCGUGGACUCGCUGCCGCUGGCGAACACACCGGAGGUGUUCGGGCUGCAUCCCAAUGCGGAGAUCGGAUACUUCAGCCAGGCCGUGCGCGACAUGUGGUCGCAUCUUAUCGAGCUGCAGCCGCAGACAAGCGAGGGCGGGGGUGCGAUGAGCCGCGAAGACUUCAUCGACUCCAUAGCAGUAGACGUGCUGGCCAAACUGCCGGCGCAGUACGAGGUGUGGCGCGUGCGCAAGCAGUUCGAGAUGAACAUCACGCCAGCCGUCGUCGUGCUGCUGCAGGAGCUCGAGAGGUUCAACCGUCUGAUCAGCAAGAUGCACAGCACUCUGUCGCUGCUGCGCAAGGCACUGGCCGGGGAGAUCGGCAUGGACGCGGUGCUGGACAACGUGGCCUCCAGCCUGUUCAACGGGCAGCUACCGAAUGUAUGGCGCGCUCUCGCCCCCGCCACCUGCAAGGGUCUCGGCGGCUGGAUGGACCACUUCAUGGAGCGCACCAAACAAUACACUGACUGGGCGACGAUGGAGGAGCCGAUAGUGAUGUGGCUAUCGGGUCUGCACGUGCCGGAGUCGUACCUGAUCGCGCACGUGCAGACGACGUGCCGCGCGCGCGUGUGGCCGCUCGACCGCUCCACGCAGUACACGCGCGUCACCAAGUACACCGCCGUGCCCGACAUAGAGCAGCGUCCCGACUCCGGCUGUUACGUUCGCGGGCUGUACCUGGAGGGCGCGCGCUGGGACCUGGAGGACGGCUGCCUGAGACGCUCGCACCCCAAGGUGCUGGUGACGGAGCUGCCCUUCAUGCACAUCAUACCCAUUGAGGCGCACAAGGUCAAGCUGCAGAACACACUGCGCACACCGGUGUAUACAACCUCGCAGCGACGUAACGCUAUGGGUGUGGGUCUGGUAUUUGAGUCGGACCUGUGGACCGCUGAGCACAUUAGCCACUGGGUGCUGCAGGGUGUCUGCCUCAUCAUGAACACUGACUGAACAGUUACACAUAGCUACAAAAGUUCACUGCGGCCGGAACGAUAUCCGCGUAGUGUCAACACGCGCGUCGUAAACGCGUGCAU